AUGAGGCGCGUGCUGAGCUGGGUUUUUAAUGCCCCGAAACAACUCCACCCCAAGUGGCUGGCAGCGCACCCGCUUAGAACCAAAAGCCCCUCUUUUAUGACGUGUACCUCGUCUUUCCAGGGAGACGGGGUUCGCAAUGGGACGCAAAGCAAAAAGUCGCUGCUCUCGGACCCUCAGCUGUUCGACGCGCAGUUCGACGAGCUGCUGACCGAGCUGACCGACAGAGACUUCCAGGAUCCGGGGCUGACCGACGCACUCAGCAGGCUGAGACAGGCACGCGCUUGCUUUGAUUGGCUCUUGCACGAUUGCAUUAUUGACCGUAGCUCACGUAUUAUGGUGUACAACGUCCCCGGAGGGAAGAGGAACCGGGGGCUGUCGGUGAUCGGCACCCUGCGGGAGCUUCUCCCCCCAGCGGAGGUCACUCAGGACGCGGUGCAGAGAGCUCUGCUGGUGGGCUGGUGCAUAGAGAUGCUUCAGGCAUUUUUCCUCAUGGCAGAUGACAUCAUGGAUGGAUCUCAGACUCGGAGAGGACAGCCCUGCUGGUACAAAAAGGAAGAAAUAGGUCUGGAUGCCAUUAAUGAUUCCCUUCUGGUGGAGGGCUCCAUCUACAGAAUACUGCGGCGACACUGCAGGGACCAGCCUUACUAUGUCCACCUGCUGGAGCUGUUUAAUGAAACCACUUUUCAGACAGAGCUCGGUCAGACUCUGGACCUCAUGACGGCCCCCCCUGGUCAGAUUGACCUCAGCAGAUUCACCAUGGAAAGGUAUAAAACUAUAGUGAAAUACAAGACAGCCUUUUACUCGUUCUACCUCCCAGUGGCAUCUGCAAUGUACAUGGCGGGAAUCAAAAGUGAGGAGGAACACAACAAUGCCAAACACAUUUUACUUGAGAUGGGGGAGUUCUUUCAGAUCCAGGAUGACUACUUGGACUGUUACGGAGACCCUGCUGUUACUGGAAAGAUUGGCACAGACAUCCAGGAUAACAAGUGCAGCUGGCUGGUGGUGAAAGCUCUGGAAGUCAUGACUCCUAAGCAGAGAUCAGAACUGGAGGCUUGUUAUGGGCGCAGUGAUGAAGCCAGCGUGGCAAAGGUGAAAGCUCUUUUCAACACCCUGCAAAUGCAAUCUCUUUAUCACAAAUAUGAAGAGGAGAGCUACCAGCGGCUGCAGAAGCUCAUCGCUGCUCACGCUCAGAACCUCCCGCACUCAAUCUUCCUCAACUUUGCUAAGAAAAUAUAUAAGAGGAACAAAUGAAGAUAUUAAAGGGAGUUAUUAAAAUGUGUAUGAUUAGCAGUACAGUGUAUUAAGAGACUUUUUCGGAACAUCAGCCUGGUUACCUUUUUUACUUUUGAUAUGAUGGCCAAAUCAAGUUCACCAUUAAAGUUAAUACCACGGUUGUAUUUUUUUUGUUUUAGUUUUCCUCUUCAUUUAAUUUUGUGCACAACAAGCUCUUGCUUGAACAGAACUGUGAUGCGGCCAUUUUCAAAUGGGCAAUGUGUGUUAGUCUGUGUUUGCUAUUUAUUAAAUCAGCUGUAUACUGCUGUAUGUCCUUUGGAAUGAAUCAAACAUGACUUUAUUUUUGCCACAUUGUCGGCCUCAUAUGAACCAUUUUCUGUCUGUGCGAACACUUGUAAAAACAAAUGUUUAUGUUUUGAUUGUAAAAAAAAAAGGGCAAAAAGUAAAGGUAGCCUUACCAAUUUUGUCUUUAUACCAGAUGUUUUUAUACUGGUGUCACAGUAAAUCAUAUCCAGGUUGUAAUUACUUCUUAAUAAAUUAUUUAUGAUCAAUA